CUUCGAAGAUUCCCGUCUGAUGCGUAGUAUCCCCUAUAACCGUAGUUUGUGGUUCCAUAAAUUCUUUCAGUUUUGUUGUGUUGAUAUUACAACUCAAAUGAAAAUUGCUAAAUAUCUUUCGAAUAAUAGUCAGUCAGUCAGUGAGAACACAUAAAUAUAACACUUAAUUGUCAGAACAUUCUAAUACUCAAUAAAUUUAUUGAAUAUUCAGUUCUUACAGUAUCAAAAUGGCAGAAUUAGCAGCUUUACUUCAAACCGAAAUACCUGAAGGUCGAAAUCAUCUCACUGACAGCCAUACCAAUCUGGAGCGAGUGGCAGAAUAUUGUGAAGCCAAUUAUUUUCAAUCCGAGAAUAAAAGGCUUGCCUUAGAAAGCACGAAAAACUAUACCACCCAAUCUUUAGCCAGUGUAGCUUAUCAAAUCAACACAUUGGCUUUCAAUUUUCUUCAAUUAUUGGAGCUGCAGACAAUGCAGUUGGCUGAAAUGGAAGGCCAAAUGAACCACAUUGCACAGACUGUUGCCAUACAUAAAGAGAAAGUAGCUAGGCGGGAGAUUGGUGUCCUUACUGCCAACAAAGUUAUCACUCGGCAGUAUAAAAUUAUAGCACCAGCAAAUCCAGAGAAACCAAUCAAAUAUCUGAGGAAGAGCAUUGAUUAUACAGCUCUUGACGACAUUGGCCAUGGUGCACGAUGGAACAGUGGCCAGUCUGGAACGCCGCGCGGACGUCGUUCCGGGUCUGCGCCUAGUUCUGCAACGCUUCCAGCUCCUACUACAAAACCACCAACACCUCCCGCUGCUGUGCGAGCUGCCAAUGCUGCUAACACAGGCACCCUGGGACGGGGGACUCUCGGCAAGUCGUCUCGCGAGUAUAGGACUCCGCCUGCAGUGGCCCCGCCGCAGGUUCCGUCGCACUACGCACCAAACUAUCCGAGGAGACCACCCGGAUAUUCUACGCUGCCUGUGGCUCAAUCUCAAGUUCAAGUUGGUAUGGUGCACCCAAAUCAACACCAGUCACCAUCGAACUACUCUCAACAAGACUUGCACUCCAGCAUGCCGCCUCCGCCAUCUCCUUUGAUCGGAUCUGACGGCGAACACAGCCAACAUUCUAUGAGUUUGCCUGGGCAGCGCGGGUCGUCAUCAUCGGCGGGCGGCGCCUCCAUCCGCGGCGGGUCGGUGUCGCCCCCGCUCCCGCCCCCGCCCAUGGACGACGAGCUCGUGAGCGACGCCUUCGGGCGCCCGCCCCAUCUCUCCGAAAACGAGCUGGCAGCCCACUUGAGGAACAAGAUGAACGCUCCGUACACCAGCGCUGUACCGGCUAUAGUGCCCGACGAGGAAGAUUUGCCUGGUUGGGUCCCCAAGAACUAUAUUGAAAAAGUGGUAGCGAUAUACGACUACUACGCCGACAAGGAGGACGAGCUGUCGUUCCAAGAAAGCGCCGUGAUCUACGUACUGAAGAAGAACGACGACGGGUGGUGGGAGGGCGUCAUGGACGGGGUCACCGGCCUCUUCCCCGGCAACUACGUCGAGCCCUGCGUUUAA